GAUUGAAUCUUGACAAUGGCCAACAACGACACACAACACACUUACUUUAGUUCCCACGUGGUUCAUAGUCUACUGGCAUUGGAUCGGACCACCGUUGCGUUGUUGGUUGGAGGACUGUUGUGUUGGUUCCUUCCAUUCCAUUGUUGAUGAUAUGAAGGAAAGACCGACAGAGAUGAGGGUGACUGGCAGCUUUUGCUACAGACGAGUGGGAAGUGCUUUGAUGAUACUGUGGUUCUCUUCCUCGGGCCCUAAGACGACCAGUGGAGCCGUAUCUGCAUCAUCGGAAUGGCACUCACAACAUCACCAUGAUGUCUACCAAGCAUUCCCAGCGUCACAGGAUGUGUAUCACCAUGAGCCACACCAACCUUCUUCUUCUUCUUCCUUCGACAUGGAUCAUCAUCAACAACAUCAACAGCAGUCGUCCUUACUGCACCCAGAGGAGCACCACCCCGAACCACUUCAUCCACAACAACAACAAACAUUGACACGACAAGAAGAAGAAGAAGCUGCCGAAGCCGCUAGACCACCCGACAUGAAAACUCAACAUGUCGUUAAAGCUCUUCGACGAACUGCCUUUCUCAAUGAUCGUCUCCUCUACAACAGUCGCCACAAUCAUCGACAGAGCAACGUCAUGGCCACAGGAUGGGGCAUGCCAAAACCCCAUAACAUUCCACGCAUCGAAACACCACCCCACAAAACCGUCUUUCAUCAUGCCAACACCAACACACGCGAUAUCAGCUUGAAAGACUUGGUGUCCACACUGCUCCAAACAGUGAAUGAUGACCACGAGAAAUCCAUUGUCUUGUCCUUGGCCAUGAUUUACUUGGAUCGUGCUACAUCGGUGGAAACACCACGGUCCAAUGGCAUUCCACCCUGUCCCUUUUGUACAUCGGACACGGUACAUUGCAUCCUGAUGACGGCCAUGCUCAUGGCACUCCGUGUUGUGCAGGGGCACACACUGGACGACACGACCACUGUGGAGGAAUCCCUGUUGGAGCGUUUGCCACCACAAGUCAAAGUGGAUCGAGACAGCUUAAAAGACAUGAUGGCAUGGAUGGAAGCCGCCUUGGGCGAUACACGAUACUAUGUCAGUUUGGAGGAUAUGCAACACUUUCGAACCGGAUGGGAACGAAUGUUUCCACCGACCGCGUCCACGUGGAAGGAUGCAAAACAACAAGAAGAAGAGGACGAGACACAAGACGAGGAUGAUCCGCCAAACGAGGACGAUCAUUCACAGCCAUAGCUAGCUACAAGUGAACACUCGGGACCAUUGCCAACGAGCCACUGGAAGGCUGAUCAUCAAACGCACCAACGGACCAUGAAUCAAGCAACCAGCCAACCAAGCACGCAAGCCUUUAAAAAAAGGCCGUGCAAACAAUCCAGAGCCAUACGAGCUUUUGGUACCAUAGUACGGCAUUGAAAACAAGUUUGAUUCCGGUUCAAGAGUGAUUCCUUACUUCCAAGUUGUUGGCCUCAAAGCAUGAUUGGCGUUCUCAGAAGAAAAGCCAGUCCUCGGGGCUUUCCAGUCCGUCCGUCCGUCCGUCCACAACAAAGGACGAAUUCAUUCUAGCGUUCACGAAUCGAAUCGAAUCAGUCGCAGCCAUCAUGAAGGAUAGUUUGGAGGAUCAGAAAUGCAAAAGGUGUACCCGUAGCUGCCCAAAAAGAGGCGCAGAUAUACUCUACCGUACCAUCAAAGCAGACGCUAAAAAAUCUGACGAGGCAAGAUCACACAACGGCUGCGUGAGCUAGCUAGACAGGCUGACAUUCAGUCAAGUAGCUGCAUGGGAUAAUGCCAGCGCGAAGAACCAAAAUCUUUCUUCCUGCGAGGGGCAACCGAGGAAUGUACCACAAACAAGCAAAGAAUACAGUAGCUACAGGUAGCAUUGAAUAAAUAUUGUCUAACGCGUACCGUGCUAUGAGAGUGAAGGUUGCAAGGAAAGACAAUCCAUGA